AUGGAGACUCUUCUGAGGAGAUGUCAGAUCAGAAGCCAGAUCGUCAGGGAAUGUAUAGCGGAGUUCCUUGGGCUCUACAUCGCAGUUUUAAUCGGAUCUGGCGCGGCGGCCCAGGUUGUCACCUCCCGGGGCACCCAUGGUGACUACCUCACUAUCCAACUUGGUUCAGCCCUGGGAGCAGUAUUCGGGAUUUUUGUAGCUCGAGGAGUUUCAGGUGCUCAUCUAAAUCCCGUGUACUCCUUGAGCCUGUGUGUGUUGGGCCGCCACCCGUGGAAGAAGCUGCCGUUGUAUUCCCUUUCGCACCUGGUCGGAGCGUUUCUGGGGGCAGCGACAGUUUAUCUCCAGUACUACGAUGCCAUCCAGACAUUCAGUGGAGGUGAACUGUUGGUGGCAGGCCCCAAUGCCACCGCGGGUAUCUUCUGCUCGUACCCAGCAGACCACCUCAGCUUUUGGGGAGGCCUCGUGGAUCAGGUGGUUGCCACUGCACUUUUCCUGCUCUGCUGCGUGGCUCUUGAGGAUCAGCGAAACGGACCCCUCCCUGAUGGUCUCCAUCCAGUCCUGGUGGGGGCGCUGAUUCUUACCAUGGGAGUCUCCAUGGGCUCAAACUGCGGCUUCCCCCUCAACCCAGCCAGGGAUCUGGGGCCCCGGCUGUUCACCUUCGUCGCUGGCUGGGGGGAAGAAGUGUUCAAGGCUGGAGGUGGUUGGUGGUGGGUCCCCAUAGUGGCCCCCUUUGUGGGCGGGCUGCUAGGAACCCUGACCUAUGAGCUUCUGAUUGAAGCGCACCAUCAGACCACGCCGCAGAGUCCACAACAGGAGCAGGAGGCAGUGGAACUGGAGGAGGUGGUGGUGGACUCUGGAAACAACAGACGUACAACUUCCUCUUAG